AGCCGUUUGCGAAGCCGGGAAGCCGGCACCGCCGCUCGGGUGCGUCCCCAGCGGCCCAGAGGCAACAAGACCGGACCGAGGCAGCUGGUACCAUGGAGAUUGUGUACGUGUAUGUCAAGAAGCGCAGCGAGUUCGGGAAGCAGUGCAACUUCUCCGACCGCCAGGCAGAGCUGAACAUCGACAUACCGCCCAACCCUGAGCUGGCCAAGCAAUUCGUGGAGCGGAACCCCGUGGACACGGGCAUCCAGUGCUCCACCAGCAUGUCGGAACACGAGGCCAACACAGAGCGGUUUGAAAUGGACACCCGGGGGGUUAAUCACAUCGAGGGGGGCUGGCCCAAGGACGUGAGCCCCCUGGAGCUGGAGCAGACAAUCCGCUUCCGGAAGAAGGUGGAGAAAGAUGAGAACUACAUCAACACCAUCACGCAGCUGGGCUCGAUCAUGGAGCACUGCAUCAAGCAGAAUAACGCCAUUGACAUCUACCAGGAGUAUUUUGAUGACGAGGAUGCGGUGGAGGUGAUGGAAGAGGCCCCUUCGGCUAAAACCGUCAAUGUUUUCAGGGAUCCCCAGGAAAUUAAGCGGCCAGCCACACACAUCUCCUGGCACCCCGAUGGCAACAGGAAGCUGGCAGUGGCGUACUCUUGCUUGAAUUUUCAACGGGCACCUGAGGGCAUGAGCAACGAAUCGUACAUCUGGGACCUGGAAAACCCCAACAGGCCAGAAACUGCCCUAAAGCCGUCUUCUCCUCUUGUCACCUUGGAAUACAGCCCCAAAGAUUCCCACGUGCUCCUGGCAGGCUGCUACAAUGGGCAGAUCGCCUGCUGGGACACCCGGAAGGGCAGCCUGGUGGCAGAGCUGUCCACCAUUGAGUUCAGCCACCGAGAUCCUGUUUACGGCACCAUCUGGCUGCAGUCGAAGACGGGCACCGAGUGCUUCUCGGCAUCCACCGACGGGCAGGUCAUGUGGUGGGACGUCCGGAAGCUGAGUGAGCCCACCGACGUCGCCAUCAUGGACAUCACCAAAAAGGGACAGCUGGAGAAUGCCUUGGGGGCCGUCUCCCUGGAGUUCGAGUCUACUCUGCCGACCAAGUUCAUGGUGGGCACGGAGCAAGGCGUCGUCAUCUCCUGCAACCGCAAGGCCAAGACAUCGGCUGAGAAGAUCGUAUGCACCUUCUCAGGCCACCAUGGCCCCAUCUAUGCCCUGCAGCGAAACCCGUUUUACCCGAAGAACUUUCUGACCGUCGGCGACUGGACGGCCCGCAUCUGGUCAGAAGACAGCCGGGAGUCGUCCAUCAUGUGGACCAAGUACCACAUGGCUUAUCUCACUGAUGGUGCCUGGAGCCCGGUGAGGCCAGCGGUUUUCUUCACCACCAAGAUGGACGGGACCUUGGACAUCUGGGACUUUGUGUUCAAGCAAUGUGACCCCGCCCUCAGCCUGAAGGUGUGUGACGAGGCCCUCUUCUGCCUCCGGCUACAGGACAAUGGAUGUUUCAUUGCCUGUGGCUCCCAGCUGGGGACAACCACGCUGCUGGAGGUCUCGAAUGGGCUGUGCACCCUCCAGAGGAAUGAGAAGAACAUGGUUUCCUCGAUAUUUGAGCGAGAGACCCGGCGGGAGAAGAUCCUGGAGGCCCGGCACCGUGAGAUGCGACUGAAGGAGAAGGGCAAGGCGGAGGGCAAGGUUGACGGCCUGAGCGGGGAGGAGCCUGCCUUGAACCUGGAGGAGCUGGUCACCGAGGCCGAGGAGGAGUUCUUUGAUGUGAUCUUCACGGAGCUGAAGAAGCGGGAGGCGGAAGCCACGAAGAAGCCCAAGCGCGUGUCGAGUGCCCGCUCGGCUCUCACGGCCGUGGUGCUGGCAGCGCGGUCUCCUGGGGUCCCUGACCGGUGGCACCUGGCUCCCCGCAGGUACCACAUGGCUUAUCUCACUGAUGGUGCCUGGAGCCCGGUGAGGCCAGCGGUUUUCUUCACCACCAAGAUGGACGGGACCUUGGACAUCUGGGACUUUGUGUUCAAGCAAUGUGACCCCGCCCUCAGCCUGAAGGACAAUGGAUGUUUCAUUGCCUGUGGCUCCCAGCUGGGGACAACCACGCUGCUGGAGGUCUCGAAUGGGCUGUGCACCCUCCAGAGGAAUGAGAAGAACAUGGUUUCCUCGAUAUUUGAGCGAGAGACCCGGCGGGAGAAGAUCCUGGAGGCCCGGCACCGUGAGAUGCGACUGAAGGAGAAGGGCAAGGCGGAGGGCAAGGUUGACGGCCUGAGCGGGGAGGAGCCUGCCUUGAACCUGGAGGAGCUGGUCACCGAGGCCGAGGAGGAGUUCUUUGAUGUGAUCUUCACGGAGCUGAAGAAGCGGGAGGCGGAAGCCACGAAGAAGCCCAAGCGCGUGUCGAGUGCCCGCUCGGCUCUCACGGCCGUGGUGCUGGCAGCGCGGUCUCCUGCACCAGAGGCCCGGAGGCCCAGCACCAGAGGCCCGGAGGCCCAGCACCGGGGUGCUAAGGGCCUGAUGGUUACCCUCAGGAUAGGAAUGAGAAUGGCGGACAGGAGCAGUGCUGUAGGGGGCUCAGAGGCAGGGGACAUAGGUGCUCCCCUGGGCAGCCUGGGCAAAGGGCCGACUCUCUGCCCGCUCUGUCAUCGGACACGCGGUGGAGACACCACGCCAGCGACACGAGCCCACAGCCAGGACGCACGCAGCGCCCGUGGAAACACAAAGCUGCCAGCCGCGGCCCUGGAGACGCUGAGUCAGACAGCCAGACAGACAGACCGGCAGAGGAUGCUCGCGGCCCGAGCGGGAGCCCGCGUGUCUGUCUCUCGAGCCACGCGGCCGGACGGGCCCCCCUUGGAGGGCCGUGGAAGAGGAGCCCAGGCCGCGAGCGCCGGGGCGCGGGGCGGGGGCGCCGAGAGCUGCCAAACGGACGGACGCAGGGCCGCGCCGAAGGCCGGAGGGUCGCACAGGCGGACGCUCGGCGGGAAAGCGGAGCAGGCUAGGGCGCCUCCCCGGCGGAGGCGGCCAGCCCUCGGGCCGCAGCGCGGAGGGGCGGGGGCGCGGGAGGCGGGACGCGCCGUCGGGGCCCUCCCCCGGCCCCGCCUCCCUGUCGGCGCCCUGGGCCGCGGGCGCGUCGUUGGUUUCGGGUUGUCAGGCAGCAGCAGCGCGGGCGAGGCUGCGAGGGAGCCGGCGGCGGUGGGGCUGCGGCUCGGCCACGACCGCUGUCGCGGCCCGAGCCCUUCCACCCGCCGCCAGCAUGAAGGCCAGCGGGGACUCCAAGGACCAGCAGCUCGUGAAAAGCCAGGCGCGGGGAGGGCUUGGCCUACCUGCCCGGGCAAGGAAGGUGGGAGUCUCCUGGUGAACCAGGGCAUGCCAGCCCGGCGGCGUCAGGAGUUUAAAGGGUUUGGGGAUGACAGUUUGGCUGAGGAGGCCGGUGUGGGCGGCCUGACGGGCAGCGAAGUGCCUCUGAGAGUGGCGCUCCGGGUCCGGCCCAUCAGCGCGGCGGAGCUGGAAGAAGGGGCCACCCUCAUCGCCCAUAAGGUAGCCGAGCAGGGCACCUGUGGGACCCCGGACAUGAAAGCAUCUUUCCUAGACACCAGUUUGACGUAUCGGGCGGGACAGACAGGGCAGCUGAAGCCCAAGGUGACUCAGCUGCUGGAGCUCUGGGCCCCCGAGAGGCGGUUCUCCAUCCAGACAGCAGAUCGGGGCACGGCACCCCUGGGUCCUGGGGGCCGUCACAGGUCAUCCCAGACCGAUGAGACAGAUAGUGACAUCACCUUGGCAUCCACCACCGGGAGCUGUCACCUAGACAACGGCCCUCCUCAAGCCGGCUUCGCUCUUGCCCUGCCCCUUCCUCGGGCUGUUCUCAUCAUGCAGCUGAGUGAUGCUUUCAAGAUGUCAGAUCACAUCCUGGGGGCCAUUGGCUCCCAGGUAAAAGGCAUGAGCCAGACAGCCGUCCUCAGGGACGCUCCCUGCCCCCGCUAG